AUGGCAUCCCCUAUUGCUUCGGCCGCGCUCAGGUCGCGCAUCAAGCGCCCUUCGAUGCUGAAAAAGCUGUGCCGGCCUGAGGACAUGCUACCGCAUUUCCCCAAUGGCGCCUAUAUCGGUUGGUCCGGAUUUACCGGCGUCGGAUACCCUAAGAAGAUGCCUACUUUCCUUGCCGAUCACGUCGAGAAGAAUAGCCUUCAGGGCCAGCUACGGUACAGCUUGUUUGUUGGUGCCUCAUCGGGCGCCGAGACUGAGAACCGCUGGGCUGCGCUAGACAUGAUCGAGAGGCGGGCUCCCCACCAAGGACAACCGCAGCUCCUAGCCCCCACCGAGCAGGAUAGUAACGGAAAACAGGGCUUCUAUACAAAGGACAGGCCAAACAAUAAGAUCGACGUUGCUGUCGUGGAGGCGACCGAGAUCAAGGAAGAUGGUAGCAUCGUCCCCGGUGCCUCCGUCGGUGCUACGCCCGAGCUUCUCCAGCUCGCCGACAAGAUCGUUAUUGAAGUCAACACGGCCCUUCCCAACUUUGAUGGCCUACAUGACAUCACCAUGACCGAUCUUCCCCCGCGCCGGAAACCAUACCUAAUCACCGACGUUGAAGACCGCAUCGGUACCAACUCGAUCCCGAUCGACCCCGAGAAAGUAGUCGGGAUUCUUGAGUCAGACUAUCAGGAUCAGACCCUCCCCAAUUCCCCGGCCGAUGAGACGUCGCAGAAGAUUGCCGGCCACCUGAUCGAGUUCUUUGAGCAUGAAGUCAAGCACGGUCGCCUCCCCGCCAACCUUCUACCUCUGCAGUCGGGCAUCGGAAACAUCGCCAACGCAGACACCUUCCUCGAUCUGUUCGACUCUGGCCGCCUCGACUUCGCCACAGCCACCUCGGUACGCUUCUCCCCAGCCGGGUUUGAGCGUUUCUACCAGAACUGGGAGGCCUACCACAACAAGCUGCUCCUCCGCUCGCAGCAGGUGUCCAACUCGCCCGAGAUCAUCCGCCGCCUCGGUGUCAUCGGCAUGAACACCCCCGUUGAGGUCGACAUCUAUGCCCACGCCAACUCGACCUGCGUCAUGGGCAGCCGCAUGCUCAACGGCCUGGGCGGUUCCGCUGAUUUCCUUAGGAGCGCGAAGUACAGUAUCAUGCACACGCCGUCGACGCGCCCUUCCAAGGCGGACCCCCACGGUGUGAGCUGCAUCGUGCCCAUGUGCACGCACAUUGACCAGACCGAGCACGACCUCGACAUCAUCGUCACCGAGAACGGCCUGGCUGACGUGAGGGGUCUGAGCCCCCGUGAGCGCGCCCGCGUGAUCAUCGAUAAGUGCGCCCAUGAAGUGUAUAGACCCAUCCUCAAGGCCUACUUUGAGAAGGCCGAGAGCGAGUGCCUACGCAAGGGCAUGGGACACGAGCCGCACCUGCUCUGGAACGCGUUUGACAUGCAUCGCGCGCUGAGCGAGCAGGGGAGCAUGCAGAAGGUUAAGCUGUGGUAA